CGCCGUACCACACAGCGCAGCCGCUCUUCCUCACACCGGCUGCGGCGCGUCUCGCUUCCAUCUCUCCUACCUGUGGCCCACUGCGUGUGCCACACCGGCCGCAGAGUGUCGCUCGAGCAGCGCUACGAGGAGGCGCACGCGCGCCAGCAGCAGCCGCGCCAUGCAGCGGCACGGCCUCAUGGCCGACCACUCCGCCGCGGCCUCAGCCUCAGGCUCGGGCAGCAGCCAGGCCGAUGCCCAUCUGGCCACGCUGCACACGACGCCUGAGAGCACCGGCGGUGCCUCGGCGGCGUCGAGCUACCAGCCGCGCUCACCGCUGCCCUCGAGCGGCGCCGCUGCGCACUCCGGCCGCACGCCGGCAGGCAUCGGCGCGCACUCGCCGCAUACCGAUGCGCUGGCCUCUCUGCUGUCCCACGACCACGCUGCGAAUGACUCGCACUCAGCACAUGCCAUCGCCGCAGCCAUCAGCGUGCCGCCGGGCGCACACGACGGCAGCAGUGCGGCUGCGUGGAUCUGGGGUCUCGACUCGCCCAACCCGGGCACUGCAGCCGAGUGGGCCACGCACUUCGAUGACUUCUCUGGCGCACGCAGCGGCGUGCCGCCGAUGCCUCCGCCGCUCUGCGACACGCCAGCCAUGCCUGCCUCUGCGCAGAACGUCAUUGCGAACCACGCCGACUCUGCAGCGGCCGCCGCUGCCGCCGCCGCUGCUCACGGGCAGCAUCCCGUCUUUGCGCAUGGCAGCUAUCCUGAUUUCGAUACGCUGUGGCAGCAGGCCGCACAGGAUGGCACGUUGCUGCCGCACAGCGGCGAUGCAUCCUUCAUGCACCCGGCCCAGCCCGUGGCGCCCUCGAUGGACCACACGCACGCACACUCCUUCUUUGGCGGCAAGCGGAAAGAGCGGGAAGAAUCGAGCGAGAGCCUCCGCAGAAGCAUCAGCGCCAGCGGCGACGAGGAUGACGGGAGCGAUGAUGAUAUGGAGGAUGGCGAAGAUGGAGCUGCUGAUGGGCAGAGCUCAGACGGGCGGGCCAAGGUGCAGCGGCGGCAAGGCGUGACUUGCGAUGCAUGCAGAGCGAAGCACCUGAGAUGCGACUUGCUCGAGCGGCGUGUGAGCAGCGGCCUGCCACCUAGCCCCGACGGACGCUCAGCAGAAGGCGUCAAGUGUUCGCGCUGCACCGAGAAGGGCCUGACAUGUGGCAAGAACCACGCGCCGCCAUCACGCCGGUACCCACGCCCGAGCCGGACAGGCAAGCGCAUCGAGCAAGCAAGAAUGCUGCAUGGCAGCAUGCCAGGCGAUGCGGAGGGCGAGGCGCUGUUGUCGCUCGCACAACCGGAGGUGGCUUCGGGCGACCGAGGCGAUGCACGUCUCGCAUCGCGCGUCAUGGCCGGCUCCAUCUCGCUCCGUCUCCUCACCUGCUUCUUCGCCACGGCGCACAUCCAGCUGCCCAUCGUCGACUUUGCGCACUUCUCCUCGCGCUACAACUUUGCGCGCGGCAACCCGCGCAUCAUGAGCAUCAUGAGCAACGGCGGCAACCGCGACGAGGGCAUCCCUUCGGCACCACUUGCUGCGCCCGGCCUGCGCAUGCGUACGUGGGCGUCCACCAAUGAGAGCACGCUGGCGACGCCAGGCACGUCGCAGGUGCUCAUUGCCGUCAUGCAUGCGUGGGCGGCCCACUACACGGACAUGCCGAUCGCAUUCGGCCCGCACGCUGCGGCGCUGGGCUUCCGCGAGUCGGACGAACAAGAGGCAUCCAGCUCGGCCGUGCUCGGCAGUGGCUCUCGCCAGCGUCAGGAUACCGACGACAAGACUCUGCCUCGCGUAGCUCUUGAUCCCAAGAGCGGCUCCAGCGAGACGCCAUGGGCCAGCGCGGCAUGGCCUGCGGACUCGCUGGCCCCGACCAGUGCCGACGGCUCUCUGGGCACGCAGUCCAGCAGCGCACCAGUCGCCGGCGGCCGGCGGCCAAAGCGGAAGCAGGGAGUGGCGUGCGACACGUGCCGCCUGCGGCGGGUGCGCUGCGACGUCACGGAGCGUGCGGCUGGACUCGGCUGCAGCCGCUGUGAGGACAAGCGCAUCGUGUGCACGCAGGAGUACAUCAACACCAAGCGCAAGGACAACAACCUGCCUCCUGUGGCGCCCGUCAUUCCGGGCCAGGUGCCGCGCGAGCUCGCUGCCACCGCCACGCAGCUGGCCGAAGAGGUGGGCGUAGAUGCGUGGAAAGACCGCGGCAAGGAGAACAGCGAUUGGAUCAACGGCGGUCCUCGCAUCACUGAGCAGUACACUGCCGGACGAGCCAAGGAGCUCCUGCGCUGGGGCCGCGCACGCCGCGCUUUCUGCCACGAGAUGUUGGCGAAGGCAGUGGCUCUGGUGCACAAGCACGAUCUCUUGCGGAAGCCUUCGGUCGAGGGCAUUCAGUGCCUGCUCAUUCUCUCCCAGAUCCUCGACAGGAUCGACCCUGCCAGCACGCCGUUGUUUGCCGAGACAGCCGCUCGGCAUGUCAUCACGCUCGGGCUUGAGCAGCCACAAGAGGUGCACGAGCAGGACCAAGCAGCCGUCGAGGGCCUGAUCAACAAGAUGCAGCACGGGCGCGUGUACACCGUCUCGUGGACAUAUGCCUCCUUGAUCUCGCUGCUCGGACGCACGCGGCCGCCAUACGAGGCAGAUCGUGCGAUCGGCAUCCAGGCCGGCGCGGGCAAGCAAAAGGGGGGCCGCAGCGCGCAGAAUGCCUCCUCGCCAGCAGGCGGAGUGCAGCUGAGCGGCGAGAUGGGCUUGAGCUUCAGCCUGCUUGCCAAGGUGCAGCUCGGUGCGCUCGCUCGCUUCCUCAGCAACCACAUCGACAAUCCGAUGCCCGUUGGCAUGUCCACCACCCUGGUGACCGCGCAAGACCGCUUCGGCAAGCGUCCGACGACGCCCGAGAUGCAGCGCCUGGAGAAGGCGUGCUCCAGCCUCUGGCGCUCCAUCGACAGUCUGCUCCUCUUCUUCGACCGCUGCAUCGAGGCGGCGCGUGCUACAAUGAACAACCUGACUGCCUUUCAGCACCUGCCGUGGAUCGCCACGAUCAAGGUCAGCGCGUGCAUGCUUGACCUUGCGGUCUACCGCGUGCUUGGCGAGCGCUUCCAGGUGCAAGCGGCGCACCUGGCAGCGCUCCACGCCGCCUUUCCCGGCUCGGCGGAGACGAGCGAGGACGCGGCCCACGCUGCAACGCUCAGCCGGCUCUUGCAGCGCAGCCGCGAGCGCACGCUUCUCUCCUGCCGCUCUCUCGCGCUCGUCUGCGAGGUGCUGCUGCCGCGGCGUGUCUUCCACACCGGCGGCACCAUCCUCGGCCAGCUCAGCGCCGUGGCGCAGUUCCUGAUCCGCACUCCUUACGUCGUCACGAUGCCGCCGGCGCCUCCGUCGCCCGCGCAGGAGCACGCCUGGGGCGACCUCGAUGCCAUGGCGACGCCGUACGCGCCGAGCGACCACGUCGACCCGCGCACCUUCCUCUCGCCUGCUGCGCUGGCAGGCCUCUGCGCCCUGCCGUCCGUCGGCAGCCCCUCUCCAAGCGCCCUCGGCCGGUCGCCGCAGCACAACACCGCUCCGCUCCCGAACAAUUCUGGCGGUCAGAAGCAGCAAGGCGACGCUGCGCCGCACGUCUCGGUCAGCAGCGUUGACCACCUCGGCACAUACGACCUGGCCGCGAAGCAGCGCGAGGUCGGUGUGGUGCUCGAGGGCAUCGCGCAGCUUGGCUACGCCUUCGACAUCGGCGGUCAGCUCGAGACGCUCGAAGCCCUCUUUGCGCAAAAGCUGCACGAGCAGCAGCAGCAAGAAGCGCAGCAGCGCCAGCAGCAGCAGCAGCAGCAGCAACAGCAGCAGCACCACUCCCACCAUGAGCAGCCCUUCUGAACGCUCCCUCAAUCACGCCCUUCCAUCUGCGGCUCUUCCCGCAUCCCCCUGUAUCAUUAGUCCGACGACGGACCUGCUCUGAAUAAUGUGAAACGUCGUGCAU